AUGGCGGCCCGGGCGGGUUUCCAGUCGGUGGCUCCGAGCGGGGGCGGCGGGGCGGCGGCGGCGGGGGCGCUGGGCCCGGGCGGGACCCCGGUGCGGAUGGGCCCGGCCCCCGGACAGGGGCUCUACCGCUCCCCGAUGCCCGGCGCCGCUUAUCCGCGCCCCGGGCUGCUGCCGGGCAGCCGCCUGGCCCCUGGGGGCCCGGCCAUGGGCCCCCCCGGCUACGGCGGGAGCCCCUCGGUCCGGCCCGGCCUGGCCCAGGGGGGGCUGGACCAGUCUCGCAAACGCCCGGCGCCGCAGCAGAUCCAACAGGUGCAACAACAGCAGCAACAGCAGCAGCAGCAGCAGCAGCAGCAGCAGCAGCAGCAGCAGGCCGCAGCCGCGCAGAACCGCAACCACAAUGCAAAGAAGAAGAAGAUGGCCGACAAGAUUCUACCUCAGAGGAUCCGGGAGUUGGUCCCAGAGUCCCAGGCCUACAUGGACCUGUUGGCCUUCGAGCGCAAACUGGACCAGACCAUCAUGAGGAAACGGCUGGACAUCCAGGAGGCCCUGAAGCGGCCCAUCAAGCAAAAACGCAAGCUACGCAUUUUCAUUUCCAACACCUUCAACCCGGCCAAGUCGGACGCGGAGGACGGGGAAGGGACCGUGGCCUCCUGGGAGCUGCGGGUGGAAGGACGGCUCCUCGAGGACUCCGCCCUGUCCAAGUACGACGCCACCAAGCAGAAGAGGAAAUUCUCCUCCUUCUUCAAGUCCCUGGUGAUCGAGCUGGACAAGGACCUGUACGGGCCCGACAACCACCUGGUGGAGUGGCACCGGACCGCCACCACGCAAGAGACGGACGGCUUCCAGGUGAAGAGGCCGGGGGACGUGAACGUCCGCUGCACCGUGCUGCUCAUGCUCGAUUACCAGCCUCCCCAGUUCAAGCUGGACCCCCGCCUCGCCCGCCUGCUGGGCAUCCACACGCAGACCCGGCCCGUGAUCAUCCAGGCUCUGUGGCAGUACAUCAAGACCCACAAGCUCCAGGACCCCCACGAGAGGGAAUUUGUCAGCUGUGACAAGUACCUGCAGCAGAUCUUCGAGUCGCAGCGGAUGAAGUUCUCAGAGAUCCCCCAGCGACUUCACGCCCUGCUCAUGCCCCCCGAGCCCAUCAUCAUCAACCACGUCAUCAGUGUUGACCCCAAUGACCAGAAGAAGACGGCCUGCUACGACAUCGACGUGGAAGUGGACGACACGCUCAAGACGCAGAUGAACUCCUUCCUGCUGUCCACCGCCAGCCAGCAGGAGAUCGCCGCCCUGGACAACAAGAUUCACGAGACCAUCGAGACCAUCAACCAGCUGAAGACGCAGCGCGAGUUCAUGCUGAGUUUCGCCCGGGACCCCCAGGGCUUUAUCAACGACUGGCUCCAAUCUCAGUGCCGGGACCUCAAGGCCAUGACCGACGUGGUGGGCAACCCGGAGGAGGAGCGGCGAGCCGAAUUCUACUUCCAGCCCUGGGCGCAGGAGGCCGUGUGUCGCUACUUCUACUCUAAGGUGCAGCAGAGGCGGCAGGAGCUGGAGCAGGCCCUCGGAAUCCGGAACACAUAGGGGCUCGCCGGCCCGGUCCCCCACCCCCCAUUGCCCGGGACCCCCGGGGCCGGAGGCCGCCACCCCGAGCCGACGAGUUGCCUCGAUUCUGGGCCACACGGCAGCCGUCAGCCCCUCCCCGUCGGUCCUUCGUCACCUCCCCACCCCUCCCCUCACUCUGCCUUGUCAGCCCCGAGACUCCCACCUCUGGGCCUGCCCCGGUCCCGGUAGGACCCUCAUAGUGUUAGUGCCAGACCCCCAUGGUGGGGAUCUGAUGCGCACGGAGCCAGUUGGGGGUCGGGGAUCGGAGUUUCCGGCCGGUCCCGGCCGCGGCCGCCGGCCCCCAGGGCCGUCUGUAAGCUGGCAGUUCCCCACCCCUCCCGCUUCCCUUUCCUCCCCCUACCCCCUGUCCCCGCUACCCACCUCAGGCAAGGCUCUGCCCACACCUCGGGCAUCCCAGCCCACGGGAAGGAUGACCCCAACCGACCUCCCGCGCCCCUCUCCAAGGGUGCUGGCGGGCUGCCAGGCCCGCUGCCCGGAGCCAAGUUGCGGGCCGGUGCCUCGCCACGGACCUCCCCCACUUUUCCCCACUCCUACAAGCCCCCAGUGCCCAGACCCUGGGGCGUCCCCCCCACACUCACUAGAGGCACCGGACUGAGCUGAGGCCUACGGGGGGUCAGCAGGGGCAGCGGGGCUGGGCCGGCGGGCGACCUAGAGACCCGCGGCGACCAGCCGGACACGGGCACCGACCUCCCCCGCCUCUUCUCCUCCCCUCCGCCGGCCUCCCGCUCCCCCACCUCCAGACCCCCAGGAAGCCCGUAGCCGGGGCCAGGGCGGCCCACCCCCACACCGGGCGGGAAGGCCCGGGGCCCCCCGGCCAGUAGCUGUCGCAGAAUAACUGUUUUUACUACCGGAUACUGCAUUUUUUCAUGGACCAAAUUUUUUUUGUACUGUCCCCUACUAGAUGUCACCCGGUUUUAAUAAAAGCCUCU